GGGUGGAAGGGGGUUGCACUGCGGUAAUAUGGCUCUUCCUUAGCCAGCGGCGGCGGCCAGCGCGGGGACCCAGCAGUCCUGCCUCUCGGGCAGUGGGUUUCUAGGCUGCAGGAGCUCUGCGGGUCGCGGCUAGAAGGCGGCGGCGGCGGAUGCGAGAGGAGGGCCCGCCUCGCCGCUCGGCGGCCCCUGGGUCGAGAUGAGCGCCUCAGCGUCGGUCGGGGGCCCGGUCCCCCUGCCGCCCCCGGGCCCGGCUGCUGCGCUGCCGCCGGGUUCUGCCGCGCGGGCCCUGCAUGUGGAGCUGCCGUCUCAGCAGCGGCGUCUUCGGCAUCUUCGGAACAUCGCUGCACGCAACAUUGUUAACAGAAACGGCCACCAGCUCCUUGACACCUACUUCACACUUCACUUGUGUACUGCUGAAAAGAUACGCAAAGAAUUUUAUAGAAGUGAAGUGAUUAAGAAUUCCUUGAAUCCAACGUGGCGGAGUCUUGAUUUUGGAAUAAUGCCGGAUCGUCUUGAUACAUCUGUGUCUUGCUUUGUGGUGAAGAUAUGGGGUGGAAAGGAUGACAUCUAUCAGCUGUUGAUUGAAUGGAAAGUCUGUUUGGAUGGGCUGAAAUUCUUGGGUCAGCAGAUUCAGGCCCGCAACCAAAAUGAAAUAAUUUUUGGGCUAAAUGAUGGCUACUAUGGUGCUCCAUUUGAACAUAAGGGUUAUUCAAAUGCUCGGAAGAAUAUUCUUCAGGUGGAUCAGAACUGUGUUAGAAAUUCUUAUGAUGUCUUCUCUUUGCUACGGCUUCAUAGAGCCCAGUGUGCAAUUAAACAGACUCAGGUAACUGUUCAGAAAAUUGGAAAGGAAAUUGAAGAAAAGCUAAGACUCACAUCUACAAGCAAUGAACUGAAAAAAGAAAAUGAAUGCCUUCAUUUAAAAAUUUUGGUGCUUCGAAAUGAACUGGAAAGACAGAAGAAAGCUUUGGGACGAGAGGUAGCAUUACUGCAUAAGCAACAAAUUGCAUUACAGGACAAAGGCAGUGCAUUUUCAACUGAGCACAGCAAACUUCAACUCCAGAAGGAAUCCCUAAGUGAACUGAGGAAAGAGUGCACUGCAAAAAGAGAACUCUUUCUGAAGACCAAUGCUCAGUUGACAAUUCGCUGCAGGCAGUUACUCUCUGAGCUAUCCUACAUUUACCCAAUUGAUUUGAAUGAGCAUAAGGACUACUUUGUAUGUGGUGUGAGGUUGCCUAAUUCUGAGGACUUCCAAGCAAAAGAUGAUGGAAGCAUUGCUGUUGCCCUUGGUUACACUGCACAUUUGGUCUCCAUGAUUUCCUUUUUCCUACACGUGCCCCUCAGAUACCCUAUAAUUCAUAAGGGGUCUAGAUCAACAAUCAAAGAUAAUAUCAAUGACAAGCUGACUGAAAAGGAAAGAGAGUUUCCUUUAUAUCCAAAAGGAGGGGAGAAGUUGCAAUUUGAUUAUGGCGUCUAUCUUCUGAACAAAAAUAUAGCACAG